AGAUAAUACGUAUCUGAAAAUAGUGAAUUUAAAAAUUUAAAACUCACCGGUUCUUCAUAUUCUAUUGACGUCUCAGAAAACUUGCAUUAAAACCUUUUUUAUUUACUAAUAUAACAAAAUUUUAUCAAAAUACGUUUGUUUCCUUACUAUUACUUACGAUUUAAACAAUCAUGACGAAUUGGGAAGAAAAGAAGCGUCUUAUCGUACGUAAUCUUCAAGAAGUUUUAGGAGAAGAAAGAAUGACGGAAAUUUUGAAAGAGAGAGACCUCAAGGUAUAUUGGGGUACUGCCACCACUGGACGUCCACAUAUAGCUUACUUUGUUCCCAUGUGUAAGAUUGCCGAUUUUCUUAAAGCGGGAUGCGAGGUGACCAUCUUAUUUGCUGAUUUACAUGCUUAUUUGGAUAAUAUGAAAGCGCCUUGGGAUUUAUUACACCUUCGCACACAAUAUUAUGAAGCUGUAAUCAAAGCAAUGCUUCAGUCCAUUGGCGUACCAUUAGAUAAGUUGAAGUUUAUCAGAGGUACAGAUUUCCAACUAAGCAAGGAAUAUACUCUAGACGUUUACCGGAUGUCUUCUGUUAUUACUGAACACGAUGCAAGGAAAGCAGGAGCAGAAGUAGUGAAGCAGGUAGAUCACCCUUUAUUAAGUGGUUUGCUGUACCCUGGAUUGCAGGCAUUAGAUGAGGAAUUUUUAAAAGUCGACGCUCAGUUUGGUGGUGUCGAUCAGAGAAAAAUAUUUACAUUGGCCGAAAAGUAUUUGCCACAAUUAGGAUACGUUAAGCGAGUUCAUCUUAUGAACCCCAUGGUACCAGGUCUGACGGGCGGGAAAAUGUCUGCGUCUGAAGAAGAGAGCAAAAUUGAUCUAUUAGAUGAUCCGGCGACUGUAAAAAAGAAACUCAAGAAGGCAUUUUGUGAGCCUGGAAAUAUUGUAGAUAAUGGAGUGCUGUCUUUCACUAAAUAUGUCGUAUUCCCACUGCUAAAACCUAAUGAGUCUUUCAAAAUUACUAGAGUACCAGAUCAUGGAGGUGAUAUUGAAUUUUCUAAUUUUGAUGACUUAGAAGAUGAUUUUGCAAAACAAAAUAUUCACCCGGGAGAUUUGAAAUCUUCUGUCGAACAAGCUAUUAAUAAACUCUUGGGACCCAUUCAGGAAAUAUUUAAAGAUCCCGAGCUUCAAGAAUUAUGUGAAAACGCAUAUCCGGCAUCUUUUAAAACCAAGGGCAAUGUCAAAAAGUAGUAGGUUAUAUGGAGAUUGUAGAGGAAUGUCGAGACUGGAUAGUCAGCACACAUCUCAAGAAUAUUCGGGAAAAAUUAUGAAAACAAAAAAUAACAUCUAACAAUAUGUUUGAUAAAGAAUAAAAGUUAUCAGUAAAGUAACUGAUAGUGGCGAUCCAGUUAGUGUACGAAUAUGUAUAUAAAACACUUCUAUAAAAUAAGCCAUUGGCUUUUUAAACAUGUUAAAAUUUGAGACAUUUUAUUGUUACGUUACUUUAAGACUUGGCUAAAUGAGGUCUUAAAUAUAUUUCUAUUUACAGCA